GACAUGUUCCACAACAGCUCACAGAAGAAGUACUGGAUCUUCCCCAGUGAGGACGAGGUGGAGCACAAGAGAAGUAAAGCGAACCAGAAAGUGCGCAGCAAGAUACAGGAGAGUGUGAAGCCCGGGGUCAGUGACUCCAUGCUCCUGGAGCGUCAUGAGGAAGACGUGUUAUUCAGACAUUAUGAGAAGAGGCUGCUGGAUUUCUGCAACGUCUUCAAACCGGUCAUGCCCAAAUCUGUGGUGGGUACAGCCAUCAUGUACUUCAAAAGAUUCUACAUGAACAACUCCCUCAUGGAGUACCACCCUCGGAUCAUCAUGCUCACGUGUGCAUACCUGUCCUGCAAGGUGGAUGAGUUCAACGUGUCCAGCACCCAGUUUGUGGGGAACCUGGUGCAGGAGAGCCCAGCAGGACAGGAACGAGUCCUGGAGCAGAUCCUGGAGUUCGAGCUGCUGCUAAUCCAACAGCUCCACUUCCACCUGGUGGUCCACAACCCCUACAGGCCCAUGGAGGGGCUGCUCAUCGACAUCAAGACGAGAUACCCCACGCUGGAGAAUCCAGAGUCACUGAGGAAGAAUGCGGACGACUUCCUGACACAGGCGGCCAUGACAGACGCAGGGCUGCUGUUCCCUCCGUCUCAAAUCGCUCUGACAGCCAUUCUGAACAGCGCCUCCAGAGCCAGUCUCAGCAUGGAGAGCUACCUGAACGAAUGCCUGGGACUGAAAGGGGACAAAGAGUCUCUGUCGAAGAUGUACGACUCAAUGAGACGGAUGAAAACCCUCCUGAAGAAGUAUGAAUUUCCCAAAGCGGAGCUGGUGAACGUUUGCAAACAGAAGCUGGAGAGGAUUCACGCUGAAUUUGGCAUCUCAAGCAACAAACGAAAGAGAGGAUACGAAGAAGACGGCCACGUAGCUAAAGAAGCCCGUUUGGCAGAAGAGGAGGAGUGGACAGAUGAAGACCUGAUCUGAGCUCCAUGAGGCUAUAGAAUCAUUAGCACUUUUCAACUUGAGCUGCCAAUGACCAAAAUGCAAUGAUGUACAUGUCCUUUACUUUCCUACAUGUCAUUGCAGUAAAUCUUUUGGGUUUACAUUUGUUCUCCAUUAAGAAUAAAGAUAUUUUUCUACAAA